CAUCAACUUCUCGGGUAUUCCAUCACAGAUGUGCACGAAAGCGGAAAUUUAGUGGACAUUAUCAACAAUUACAUCACAUGACCAGUUCGCGUAACGGUUUAUUGCGCGAACGAAAAAAGUGCAGCCGGCUUGGUAGCGCGUAGGAAUAUAUCAAGCACUUGCUCCGAGUCGGAGUAGAUGGGAAGUCUGUGAGUGAUUAUUGUGCGUAAGAGAGGGAAAUAGACUACUAACAGACGUUGUUUGGUCAAGCUUGAGGAAGGACAGUGUCCAGAAUGGAUUUAUCUAUUACGCCUUGUGUGUUGUCAUUGCUGCUCAUAGGAUUUAGCUAUGCCCAGGAAAUAAAGAUUUCCCCAGCUGAGAAGAGUAUAAGACGAGAAACAAACCAAAAAGGAUUAUUUAUAACUUGUGAAGUGGAUGGGUUGGCAGAUGAUCAAAAUGCAAACUUGGAGUGGCUGGACCCAGCUGACAACGUCAUUGGACCUUACAAUAGUGCAGCAAUGUCAAGGAUCUACUCCAUGCAGAUGCGCACCAGUAACGAACUGCAGUUUGACACACUGAAGAAUGGAGAUGAGGGGGUGUAUACAUGUCGAGGCACAAUCGGCGGCAACACCAUAACUAAUGAUAUACGGCUGGAACUCUACGACGGAAUCAAGGUGUUGUCCAACCACACCCAGCAACCUAACAUCUACACCGACGCUGUGAUUGCCUGUGCCGCCACGGCCAACCCCUUACCCACUGUGCAGUGGAGGUUUGCCAACAGAACUGAGGUCAAAGGUGAGCGCUACCGUCCACUGCCACAGGGGUUGGAGAUCAAGAACAUCACCAAGGCUGACAAUGGAGUGUACAUCUGCAUGAUCACUGUCAAGGAGAUGUCGGACUCACUGCCAUUCCAGAUCAAUGUCACUGUCACAGUUCCACCUUCCCUGAAGGGACCCCCAACUAGGAGUACACCCAUUGUCGGCAAGCGGUUCGAGAUGACGUGCGUGGCAGAUGGCACUCCACGACCAUCAUUCACCUUCAAGAAGGACAAGAUUGUGCUAACAGGAGAGAGGUACAAGGUCAGCGUGGUCAGUGAUGUGAAUGUCAACCAGGGGAUGCUGGUGAUCGAGGAGCUCCAGGACAGCGACGAGGGCACAUACUCCUGUGUCGCCCACAACCAGGGAGGAAAUGUGACUGAGUCUGUCUUCAUCAACACCAUUGUGCCUCCUGUCAUUGAGCCUAUCAUAAACCAGUCUGUACCAGAAGGCAAUGCUGUGGAGCUUGUGUGUAUCGCCAAGGGCGACCCUGCCCCAGUCGUCACCUGGAGAAUCGCAGGCUCCGACAUCACCAUUUCCGACAGCCAAGACAAAGACAUCACCAUUGAAUCAUCUGUGGAGGAACAGCCUCUGAUUCAAGUCAGGACCGUCAAGCUCAAGUUCGCCAAACUGGAACCAAAGCACGCCAACAACUACACAUGCUCUGCCUCCAAUGAAGCCGGAACUCAGGAGAAAGAUGGCCGCGUUCUCGUUGAGUUCAAGCCCAACUUCGAUGACACUCCAUACUCGUCCACAUACAGUUGGCUGAACGAGAAGACGGAGAUCAAGUGCGUAGCGAAUGCUGUACCUCUCGCCGUCAUCAAGUGGAAGCACAAUGGCGCCAUCAUCACCGAAGGACCCAACUUCAAGAUCAGCUCAGAGCGAGGAACUAGACAGAUGACCAGCAUCCUCGAGGUUUCGGUGAAUGUUGAGAAUAUGAACACCAUCUUCGGGAAGUUCACGUGUGUGGCUGAGAACUUGCAUGGCGAGCAAGAGAAGGAAAUCACGUUGAUUCAAGCAGUUGUGCCAUCCGCUCCGAGUAUUUCCAUUGAUGGGGUAUCCCCCACGACCAUCGAUCUGCUGAUAACCCCGCAUCAAGAGACCGGCGGCCAGCCCAUCAUUGACUACAAGGUCGUGUACUACGCAGAGGGCGAUGAGCAGAACAAGGUCACGCGAAUGGCACCUGUCAGCUCAAAUUCCCAGGAACUGCGAACUCAGUUCCUCAUCGAUAAGCUGACGGCAGAGGUGCGGUACUACAUCAGUGUGGAGGCUCGCAACAACGUAGGCUAUGGGGCCAAGGCUGAAAUCUCCGACACGACACCAGCUGUCCGGCAGCCAAACAAUCCAAAAGUUACCUCCCCUAGGACUAGUGACGAUCCCAACACGUAUAAGUUGGUUUGGGAGAAACCCGAGACUGGAGGCAAGCCCCUGACUGGCUACAAGGUCAAGUAUUACCAGGUGGAGCUGAAAGCGGAUGACCCCGAGAAGGUUGAGAAGGUGGUUGGCGAGAUGAUAACAAAGACCGUCGACCAGGGCGACACCACCCAGAUUAGUCUGACUGAAUUGAUGCCCAGUUCCGCCUACGAACUGCAGAUCACUGCCAUGAACGCCAUCGGCGUCUCCAUGGCCACCACUAAAAUAUUCACAACACCACCAGGCGGACUCACUGACGACGGAAUCAAAGGAGGUGUCGUGGCCGACACUGGGCCCCAGACCGGAGGAGCCACAUCAUCAACUAUCCAGGCCGUCACUGCGUCCUCAAAAGAAGACUCAGUUCCCGUGACCGACAACGCAAUCUCAAUGCACGUGAGCCUGUCAUCCCUGGUGGUUGUGUCCUCUGCCCUUCUAGCACGUAGUCUGGCUGUAUGCUGAUAAUGGCGACGUCACGGCCGCCUCCCCACUCCGUCAUAGGCAGGGCAACUACGAAUGAAAGAGUGAACGCGAGGUGCACAUCAAGAUUAUCUUUGAGCCGGAGAUACUGGAACAUCGUGCACCUGCUCCCUAUCUAUCUAUCAAUCAUUCCAAUAAUGGCACAACGUGCAGUGUGAAAAGACAUCCACAGAUUUACAAUGUGUGCCCUUUACUCAGUGCUUGACAGUUUAGCUCUGACAGCUUUGUAACUACCUGUGUCAGCAGUGAAGGGAAGGCCUGGUUCAAAUAUCGGCUCCACUUGUUCCAAUACUCAAACCUUUGGCAUCUAUUUCAAUCCAAUUGAAGUGGAUGCCGAGUGGGUCCUUGUCCAUCAACCUCCACCUUGCCGCUGACACAGGUACAUGUCCAUCUAGCAACUCGUAUUGUAAUGAAUAAAGUUAAUCAACCUGUAACGACCCUCAACAGCCUAGUCACCUUAAGUGGUAUGUAUGUUACGCUUACUGCAGUCGGAUCAGUGUGUGUAGCAAGUAUUUUUCAUUGUCGGCCUCUGAAUGUUGAUGUGGAAUGACUACGGCGACGGGUACUCGUUUCGUGCCAUAUAUGAUGUCAUUGGUUUUAAACGCAAAUAUCAAAAGCUCUUGGAUGUAUCAGUGUUGAGUACUUGGUGCUAGAUCAAGUCACAUUUGUAACCAGUUUCGAUCACACCUCUGAGAUGUUAAGGUUCAGUGUUGAAUAUUUGCUGAUAAAUAUUCUUUUCAUAAUUUAAUUAUCAACAAUGUUUUGUUUGAGUGUUGAAUAUUUACAAGUAUGUAUCAUGGUUAAACCGUGACGGUGUGUGUAUUUUGGUGAGAUCGUGUCAUUGGGGAGGACAAUGUUUGGGGAUAAGUCGUCUUGUGUGUUGUGUAACCAUCAGUGAAACUGAGGGGGAAUGUUGUCAAAUUGAGAAUAUUUAUUCAAAACAACGGUCUACACAUGAAGCUCACCAAAUUAGACAACACUGUUAGCUUGUAUAUGGACAAAAUAAUUUCUCUUGAUUUAUUAACUCUACUUGAAAGGUCACCAUUGUUCAAUACUUAAUUAUUUUCUUUAUUUUAUCUUUUUACAGUCAAUAAAUGCUUUAUAAUCUUGAAGGUUGUGGUAUUCUCAAAAUCAGGUCCGAGAAAAUAUUACAAGAUAUUUUAAUCUGAAAUAUUUUGCCGAAGAUAGCUUUUUUGUUUGAAGAUGUAUUGAGAAUGACAAAGUUUGGCUUCAUGGAAGCUGUUGGUCUUACGACAAACGAUUCAGAUGUGACUGUGUGCUACUUAAGACUAUUCAGAUCGUCUAUUGGAAACUUUCAUAAGAAAACUGCAAAGUGUACCCUGUCUUUGGACUAGGGCGGCUGCAUUAUUGAGAGUUUCUUGACACUGAGGGCUGUCGUUGUGGGAGGUUCCCGUGUUGAUAUAUCGACUGAAGAAUGUCAAUUAACAUUUAGUGUAUUAUUACAACAAUAUUCUGACAGGUAAUGAGAUGCAUUUAGAGUUUCCAUGGUAACGAGAUUUGUUUUUGGUAGUAGAUUUCCCUCAAUAUAAUAUAUUAUUAACCAACUUCACCAUCUCCCAGCAACCUUUAAUCUUUAUUGUUCAGGAAUCAGGUAUUAUAGCAGCGUAUGAAACUCCCAAAAAUUUCAGCCAGACCACAGGACUGGCGAGCUGAAAUACUUGCCAGCCCUGACCAAAACCUGCCUGCCCACUAUAAUCAUAUGUUUCUCAGGAUAAUUUAAUUACAAAUAUGAAAACUGAUUGCUUGUAGCAAAAGCGCAUCGCUAAAUGUUAGGUUGUCUAAAAGCUAACGGGGUUUCAAUUUGGUUACAUUUUAUCAUUCAUCUUUACAUGUGAAUUAAUGCUUAUCAUCGGGAAAUAUUUAGAAUAUUUUCACCUAUGAAAUAUAACCCGACCGUCGGGCAGGGGGAUUUGAAAAUCUGGCAGCCCGAGUUGAAAUCAGCCCGUCUCGAACGGUCGGGCAGGCAGGUAUUUCGAACGCUGAUUAUAGUUAAACAUUCAGGCUUGACUCAAUUUGGAAUUUCUGUAUAUUAUAGUGUAUAAAUGUUUCAGUAUCAGCUGGAAUGUAUUGAUACGUCAAUCUGCACUGAUCUGUCACUAGUUCUGUACAUGGAAAGCUGUAACGUUGAAGCAGUAUUGUAAAAACAAUGCCUGGCCACCUGGCUGUGUAGUUAUUUUGAUAUUUAGCUAGUGUCAUAGUUUGGCAUUACAUUCCAUACGCUUAGUCCAUAUGCCAGACGGGGAAUAUUUUCAUGAUGUAUUUAUCAGUAGCUUGUUAGACGUAAUCACUGUAGUGCUGCUGACAUCUCCACCCGAUGGGGAGGAGGAACCGGCUGGCAGACAUUCGUCUUUAGUUGGUUUGAUCAAUCGGUCAACAUUCGCUUUUACUUGAUUGGAUCAGAAAAUUCAAGGUUGGUUUGAUCAACCAGUGAACAUUUGUCUUUAGUUGGUUUGAUCAGAAAGUGAACAUUUGUCUUUAGUUGGUUUGAUCAGAAAGUGAACAUUUGUCUUUAGUUGGUUUGAUCAGAAAGUGAACAUUUGUCUUUAGUUGGUUUGAUCAAUCAGUGAACAUUUGUCUUUAGUUGGUUUGAUCAAUCGGUCAACAUUCGCUUUUACUUGAUUGGAUCAGAAAAUUAAAGGUUGGUUUGAUCAACCAGUGAACAUUUGUCUUUAGUUGGUUUGAUCAGAAAGUGAACAUUUGUCUUUAGUUGGUUUGAUCAGAAAGUGAACAUUGGUCUUGAGUUGGUUUGAUCAAUCAGUGAACAUUUGUCUUUAGUUGGUUUGAUCAAUCGGUCAACAUUCGCUUUUACUUGAUUGGAUCAGAAAAUUAAAGGUUGGUUUGAUCAACCAGUGAACAUUUGUCUUUAGUUGGUUUGAUCAGAAAGUGAACAUUUGUCUUUAGUUGGUUUGAUCAGAAAGUGAACAUUUGUCUUUAGUUGGUUUGAUCAGAAAGUGAACAUUGGUCUUGAGUUGGUUUGAUCAACCAGUGAACAUUUGUCUUUAGUUGGUUUGAUCAGAAAGUGAACAUUUGUCUUUACUUGGUUUGAUCAGAAAGUGAACAUUUGUCUUUAGUUGGUUUGAUCAAUCAGUGAACAUUUGUCUUUAGUUGGUUUGAUCCACCAGUGAACAUUUGUCUUUAGUUGGUUUGAUCAGAAAGUGAACAUUUGUCUCUGUUAAUUUGAUCCAACAGUGAACAUUUGUCUUUACUUGAUUGGAUCAGAAAAUUCAAGGUUGGUUUGAUCAACCAGUGAACAUUUUUCUUUAGUUGGUUUGAUCAGAAAUUGAACAUUUAAAUUCUUGAAGAGCUUCAUUCUUUAUUUAAUGAAAAAAUCAUGGUGUGUGAUGUUUUUUUAAAAAAAAAAUACCUUCUUUGAAGUACUGAUGUUACCGCAGUAUGAACGAAAAUGAUUAUAGUUGGAAUUGUAUCUGGUUCUUUGUCAGGCUUGUUUUACAAUAAUGUUGACAUUCUUGUAAAAAAUUGUUUCUACUCCUCGGAUAAUAUUCAGUAUUAACAUCAAGUUGUGGACAACACUAGAUAUAGCCCUUGGAUUUGUCCCAGGUUGACAGUCAACAUGGGACAGUUUCACCAUCAUGGAGCUCUUGCCUCACCAGGCCCACGAGGGGCCACACAGGGAAACAUUCACACCUCAUGUUCCGUUCUUUCGGACUUGUAGGAUCAAUUCUUGGUUCUGAAAUCCUGGUUUCAUGUCUGUCUUGUAGUCUGUGCCGUUUCUUCCUCUAAGUGCAGGUCAGCUGAUGAAGAGCAUACCAGGCCACGCUGUCAAUGGUUCUGCAGAAUAUAGUUGUCGAUCAGUAGUUGAACCUAAGGGGAAAGUGGUUGAUCAGUCGUUGAACCUAGGGGAAAAUGGUUGAUCAGUAGUUGAACCUGAGGGGAAAUGGUUGAUCAGUAGUUGAACCUGAGGGGAAAUGGUUGAUCAGUAGUUGAACCUAAGGGGAAAGUUGUUGAUCAGUAGUUGAACCUAAGGGGAAAGUGGUUGAUCAGUAGUUGAACCUAAGGGGAAAGUGGUUUAUCAGUAAUUGAACCUAAAGGGAAAGUGGUUGAUCAGUAGUUGAACCUGAGGGGAAAGUGGUUGAUCAGUCGUUGAACCUAGGGGAAAAUGGUUGAUCAGUAGUUGAACCUUAGGGGAAAAUGGUUGAUCAGUCGUUGAACCUAGGGGAAAGUGGUUGAUCAGCAGUUGAACCUAGGGGAAAGUGGUUGAUCAGUAGUUGAACCUUAGGGGAAAAUGGUUGAUCAGUAGUUGACCCUUAGGGGAAAAUGGUUGAUCAGUAGUUGAACCUAAAGGGAAAGUGGUUGAUCAGCAGUUGAACCUAAAGGGAAAGUGGUUGAUCAGUAGUUGAACCUAAAGGGAAAGUGGUUGAUCAGCAGUUGAACCUAAAGGGAAAGUGGUUGAUCAGCUGUUGAACCUAAAGGGAAAGUGGUUGAUCAGUAGUUGAACCUGAGGGGAAAAUGGUUGAUCAGCAGUUGAACCUAAAGGGGAAGUGGUUGAUCAGUAGUUGAACCUGAGGGGAAAAUGGUUGAUCAGCAGUUGAACCUAGGGGAAAGUGGUUGAUCAGCAGUUGAACCUAGGGGAAAGUGGUUGAUCAGUAGUUGAACCUAAAGGGAAAGUGGUUGAUCAGUAAUUGAACCUAGGGGAAAAUGGUUGAUCAGUAGUUGAACCUGAGGGGAAAGUGGUUGAUCAGUAGUUGAACCUAAAGGGAAAGUGGUUGAUCAGUAAUUGAACCUAGGGGAAAAUGGUUGAUCAGUAGUUGAACCUGAGGGGAAAGUGGUUGAUCAGUAGUUGAACCUGAGGGGAAAUGGUUGAUCAGUAGUUGAACCUAAAGGGAAAGUGGUUGAUCAGUAGUUGAACCUGAGGGGAAAUGGUUGAUCAGUAUUUGAACCUGAGGGGAAAAUGGUUGAUCAGUCGUUGAACCUAAGGGGGAAAAUGGUUGAUCAGUAAUUGAACCUAAAGGGAAAGUGGUUGAUCAAUAGUUGAACCUAAGGGGAAAAUUGGUUGAUCAGUAAUUGAAAGUAAGGGGAAAAUGGUUGAUCAGUCGUUGAACCUAGGGGGAAAAUGGUUGCUCAAUAGUUGAACCAGUGGAGAGAGUCAUCAAUAGUUAAACUUGGGGGGGAGGGGGGGGGGGGUGCCUUGUUAAGAUUAGUCUGUUAAGAGUUAGAGAUGAUCCUUGGGUGGCUAUUGGGAAACAGCUGCACCUGUCGACAUCCUCGAUUUCCAGUUACUGUUGUUAUUGCUACAUGACUCACUGCUGAGACAAGUCAUCAUGUUACCAUGGUAACCAGUUUAUAAUAUUUUGUGUCCCAGUCUGGAGUCUGCUGCUUCUUUCCCUUCAAAUACUCAGGGCUCCGGAACCUUUCUCUGUGGCUGCUCACCGGAGCCUCAUUGUGGAUUCACCAUACAGUGUGUUACGUUGUUUCUGUCCGAUUCUACACACAGUGUUUCUGUACAGUUGACUGUAGCUCCGAGUGUACAUUUCUCUAGUUGGUGGUUAUCUCCCCUUCCGUCGUAGCCUCUGUCUUGUGUGUCCUUCACCUUCUCUCUCCACCACUAUGCAAGACGUGCAAUCACAUAUUAGGUUCCUUUCGUUUGUCCUUUGUCAGUGGGUUACAGAGCACAAAACCUGCACAAAACCGGAAAUCAAGUCGUUGUGUGUGUCUCAGACAAAGAACUUUGGUUUUCUGGAAGAAAAUAGAACCCCAAAUGUUUCUGUACUUUUUCUUGUCAGUCACACCUUGAACUCGGACAACAACUUUUCAGAGUGUGUUGUCCACUUGAAUUAUUGCUCCACAAAGCUGUCUGUAUGCCUGCACAACCAUCAACAAGGCUUACAGCAGAAGUUGGGCAGUGGCGUCUGUACAGACCAAAGCCACAAUACUAUCUAAAUAGUCCCGAAAUUUCGACUAGAAAUCAUUUUGUUUGUUGACAAAUGGACAGUUAUCUACAAUGUAGAUAAAGUGCUAUAGUUUUCGUAUUAAUUGCUGCUUGCCGUUUGGUUUAUUUAGACAUACAUUUGAAGUCGAGAUUUUGCAAAUAGACAGUGUCUGACCUCAUUAGACUCAUUGUUCACAUCGCCAUGGUUCAUCCGUAGCAUCAUCCUUAGUCCCCAUCGUCAUCCCGGAACAUCGCUCAUAUCCAAAUCAACUCUAAUCUUCAUGCUUAGAAUAACAAACUUUGAUUGAUCUUGGAAACACUUAAAUCAUUUAAGCAUCUGAAGAAAUGUUGUGAUUCAUGACCCUACCACCGUAGACGUUGUCCCGAGUUUCCCAUGGUAUCUUCAAGUUGUGUUGUCGAAACAGCAAGGUAUUAGAUGUGGCUUGAGUUUGUGGCAGUAUAAACUCCAUCAGGCUGUUGUGCGUUACACGGAACACACUAUUCAAGUGUCUCUUGUCAAUUGUAUGCAUAUAUAUAUCUAUCUAUCUACAUAUUGUCUACGCCAAACAGUUUCACUACCUAGAUGUUCCAAGUCCGCACUUUCACCUUGUCAGCAUGUUGUAUUCGGAAUUGGCAUCUGUCGUAGUCCACGGUUCAUCAGUUGAUCUUCUGUAAUUAUCAAAUUACUAGAAAUAUGCCUUUUCAGAUGCUGAGCUUCUAAAGUCACUCAUUUAGUUUACUCAGUAUGUAUUUUAGUGUACUGUAAUGCGAGGCUGAUGAACUAGCUAGUUCUCUAUGAUCAAUGUUUGUUGAAUGUCUGUUGAAUGUUUCGAUGUAGUUUUCUCUGUCAUAAUUCACUUGUAAUUUAACAUUUUCAUGUUUGUUUAUUUUCCAUUUAGUAAUGAGUUGAAUAAAAAUUUUAUUAUUA